UCAUCCUCCCCGUCUUCCACCACAUCAUCCUCCCCGUCUUCCACAUCAUCAUCCUCCCCGUCUUCCACAUCAUCAUCCUCCCCGUCUUCCACAUCAUCAUCCUCCCCGUCUUCCACAUCGUCAUCCUCCCCAUCUUCCACAUCGUCAUCCUCCCCAUCUUCCACAUCGUCAUCCUCCCCGUCUUCCACAUCGUCAUCCUCCCCGUCUUCCACAUCAUCAUCCUCCCCGUCUUCCACAUCAUCACCUUCCAAUCCCCCCCUCACUUCUUCCACAUCAUCCCCCCCUCUCACCUCUUCCACAUCAUCCUCCCCGUCUUCCACAUCAUCAUCCUCCCCGUCUUCCACAUCAUCAUCCUCCCCGUCUUCCACAUCAUCAUCCUCCCCGUCUUCCACAUCGUCAUCCUCCCCAUCUUCCACAUCGUCAUCCUCCCCAUCUUCCACAUCGUCAUCCUCCCCGUCUUCCACAUCGUCAUCCUCCCCGUCUUCCACAUCAUCAUCCUCCCCGUCUUCCACAUCAUCACCUUCCCACCCACCUCUCACCUCUUCCACAUCAUCACCACCCCCCUCUCACUUCUUCCACAUCUCCCCCCCUCUCACCUCUUCCACAUCUUCCCCCUCUCACCUCUUCCACAUCAUCACCCCUCCCUAUCAUCACCCCCCGUCUUCCACAUCAUCACCCUCCCCGUCUUCCACAUCAUCACCCCCCGUCUUCCCCCCCCCCUCUUCCACAUCAUCACCCCCUCUCACCUCUUCCACAUCAUCAUCCCCCUCUCACCUGCACACCCCCUCUCCAUCAUCCUCCCGGUCUUCCACAUCAUCAUCCUCCCCGUCUUCCACAUCAUCAUCCUCCCCGUCUUCCACAUCGUCAUCCUCCCCGUCUUCCACAUCGUUAUCCUCCCCGUCUUCCACAUCUUCAUCCUCCCCGUCUUCCACAUCAUCAUCCUCCCCAUCUUCCAUAUAA